AUUCUAGAAUCUAGAUUCUUCUAGGAAGUGGUGUCGGAGAUGUCGGAGUUGCUGUUGCUACUUCAGCUAGUGUGGCUAGCAUCGUCUCUGUGAAUCAGAGUGCGUCAUACACAUCAGACAUCCAUGAUUUAGAGGCACGCAAGACAAACAAACAAACAAACAAACAAAAGAAAUGCCACGAAUAUAACUAGGGGCUGUCGCAGCAAGGAGCUGAUUUAUUUUUUCUCCCGGACGAGGUUUGACCACAUCACUGUGACUUCACCACUUCAUAUUUUCAGACUUUUGGAAGAAGUCGUUAUUGGAGGCUAACUUGAGCAUAAAAUAUCUGUUGCUACAGAGCCUUGGGCACCAAGAGGAGUAUUUAGAUCAGUCAGACAUCAUCAGAUAUUUCUCUUGUCCAUUUCUGUGCUUUAUCCCAUCUCUGACUUAAUCACAGUUACCCAAGAACGCAGUCACAGAAUAAUCAUGAAUACCCACGAUUCAGACGUGAACACUAUCUCUCCCGAGCUGCCAGCAAUGUUCGACGGCAUGAAGCUGGCUGCAGUGGCCACGGUGCUCUACAUCAUCGUCCGCUGCUUGAACCUCAAGAGCCCCACUGCGCCCCCGGACCUCACCUACCAGGACACAGCCCUCAACCGCUUCCUUCUCAAGUCCUGUCCUCAGCUGACCAAAGAGUACAUUCCUCCCUUACUGUGGGGUAAGAGUGGUCACCUCCAGACGGCACUGUAUGGUAAACUUGGUCGGGUGAGCUCACCUCACCCCUGUGGAAUAAGGAAGUACUUACCCAUGCAGGAUGGGGCCACUGCGACCUUUGACCUCUUUGAGCCACAGGGGGACCAUCGGACAGGAGAUGACAUCACCAUGGUGAUAUGCCCUGGUAUUGGUAACCAUAGUGAGAAGCAUUACAUCCGAACCUUUGUGGAUUAUGCCCAGAAGGAAGGUUACCGCUGUGCUGUGCUGAACCACCUAGGAGCGCUUCCCAACAUCGAGCUCACCUCUCCACGCAUGUUUACCUAUGGGUGCACGUGGGAGUUUGCAUCUAUGGUCGGCUACAUUAAGCGGACGUAUCCUCAGACCCAGCUGAUCGUGGUGGGCUUCAGUCUGGGUGGAAACAUUGUAUGCAAGUUCCUGGGCGAGAACAGGGCGAACCAGGAGCGAGUGCUGUGUUGCGUCAGCGUCUGUCAGGGGUACAGCGCCCUCAGGGCCCAGGAAACAUUCCUACAGUGGGACCAGUUCAGACGCUUCUAUAACUUUCUCAUGGCUGACAACAUGAAGAAAAUCAUCCUCUCACACAGGCACAGUCUGUUUGGGGGAAGCUCAGUUAAAAUGAUAGAUGCAGAUUUUAGUCGGCUAUACACAGCGACGUCCCUCAUGCAGAUUGAUGACAACAUCAUGAGAAAAUUCCAUGGCCACAGCUCUCUCAAAGAGUACUAUGAGAAGGAGAGUUGUGUACAUUAUAUUGACAAUGUAAAGGUGCCGUUGCUGCUAGUGAACUCUGCAGAUGAUCCUCUGGUUCAUGACUCACUGCUCACCAUCCCUCGCACACUAGCAGCAAAGAAGCCAAAUGUGAUCUUUUCCCUGACGCUACAUGGAGGCCACCUGGGCUUCUUCGAAGGUGCGGUGCUUUUCCCCCAGCCCCUCACCUGGAUGGACAAAGUGAUCGUGGGUUACGCCAAUGCCAUGUGCCAGUGGGAGAAACAGAAACCGCCAUGCCAAAGUGCCCACCUGAGUGAGAGUUCCUGCGCAGAGGGCAAAGCUUAAACGUCUGACCUCUGUAUGUCUCCCACUCUUUCUCUUCCCUCUCACCUCUCCACCCUCCCACUGUCCCAGCGCUGAGGAGACACCUGAACUAAACCUUAAACUGCUCUCUCUUCUCUGCCUUCUCCUCUGGUGCUACUCACCGCUCCCAACCCACACUUCCCGGUCACACAUGUCUCCACGCCUUCACCACAGUUCCCCUUUGUAAUCACCAUCACCUUACAGUAUGUGAAGGAACAAAAACAACUAACUGCCUUUGUGCUCUUUUCCGUUGCAAAGACUUUGAAUUCAGAGCAGGGACAUUUUGUUUCUCUUCAUGUACACAACAAUGACCCUUGGCUAAUGGAGGCGUUGACCAAAUAUGACGAGAGAUGAAGUCAAGUUGGUAUUGAAAGGAAAGUGAGAGCACCACUUUAGAGUAGUCCAGUGAAAAACAAGAGCACACAUGAAGCCUCCUAUUACAGUAAACAAGGACUGUGCUGCAGUCGGUGCCCAUUUACUGCACCUGUAAGAAGCUCACUGCUUAUCACCGCCAAGGCCAUAUAGCCUAGUCUGCUGUCUUAACCAACACAGCGUCUUUGUAGUAUGUAUGUAACUCACAGAUGUAGUGUGUAUGUCUGUGUGCACCUGUGUCGAACAAGAGUUAAAGACCCGUGACGGAACACUUGAUCUUUGUGUUUGGUAGGUGUGAUCCAAAUUCUCUGUUCAUGGUCUGUUGGCCCUCAUAAUUUCCGUUCUUUUGGGUGAACUGUUGCUCUGUUGUUUGUAGAAAAUGUACAGUAGAAAAAUUAAGUAUUAUGGUGGGGUUUUACACAUUAUUUCCAGCUCAUAAAGAACCUCCUAGCACUUAUGUUUGGCAUUUGAAAUGAAAGUGUUCAGUGCUUACCAGACAUGACCAGGGAUCAACCCCAGAUGGGAUCCAUGCACAUUCCCAUGGUCGCUUUCUGUCACUUUGAUUCAGUGCACUUUACACCGUGUAUGACACAAUCUUUUUUUUCUUCUUCCUUUUCUUCCCUUCAUUAGUCGAAGCGCAGAUAUGGAGGUAAUUGAUGGUUUAGCUCUCCUUGUGACCGAGAGGAAGAACUGGAGGGAGCGAGGAUGAUAACGAAAAGUUAGAUGACUCAAAUGUUCCCUGUGUUGUCUGUUGUCCGUGUCUUUGAGCCCUCUUACUCUUUCGUCUGCCUUUGAUCAGCUGCAGGUCCAGCCAAGACUCUGAUAUCCUUCUCUUACUGCACAGACACAAACCUGCCACUAGCUAGCCUCUGAGUGGUAAAACACUUCAUUUGGUGCAAACAUCUCGGUACACUUUUUCAUUUUCCAGCAGAUGAUUCUGUGGUGUCGGAUUUUGAAAAUGCAGAUGACUGAUUGGCCAAUGUGGUGCUGUUUUUAAAGGGAAAGUUCAGCAGUGUGAAGGAGAGUUUCUCUUAUAAUCUGAGCUGUGAGGUGUGAUGAGUAGGAGGGCAGAGGAUACCAACGCUAAACCAAAUGUUUAUUUUAGUGGAUUGUUUGUAACACACUGGUGAUUGUUAUAUUGUGUAAUUAGAUGGAGAACACUGCAUGCAAGAAAGAAGAGACAAAUUUUAAUGCAAGUUUCAAAGACUGCAUCGAAAAGUAUUUCUUAUUUUCUUGACUGGGCUGAGCGUUAAAGCUGUUGCAACACAGCAGGGUGGAUUUAAAAACUGCAAUGAAUUGCUGUAAUCCAUCUCAAAUGUGUCUUGAUGAAAUCAUACUACAAUAAUGGGACCUGUGGACUUUUCAAAACCUGAAUCUAACUGAGGACUUGUUGUAAGGGCUUAGGAUGCUUCUUUCAGUCCAGCCAAGUAAUCUGUAGUCUAAAACUUGCUACUGAACACUGUGAUGAGACAGAUGGAUGGUUUGAAAUGAUAAAGGGAUAUGCAGUGAUUGACAACAGCACUUCUUCUAAUGCUGUUUAGGCCAAGUUUUGUGUGUUAUAAGACCUGGGUUUGAUAGUAUUUGCAAGUAGUAGUGUUAAUUUGAGUUUCAGGAAGUUUGGCAUAUCAGGACAAUUCAUAUAAUAGCGCACAAUGUCAAUCAUAGAAGUGUGCAAAAUAUUCAAAACUAUGAAAUUAUAAGAAAACCUGUCUAUGCCAAACAAUGUUUCAGUUUUUGUUUACACUCAAAGAUGCUACUAACUCUGCAUACAAAACAUGAGGAAUUGGAAUAAAGUCUUUGUGUCCGUUAGUUGCAACAUUAUGGCUAAAGAAUAACUAAGCCUUUAAGUUAAUUUGUGACCUAAAAUAGUAGUUUGGGUUAAGAUUUGAGUAGUUUAAUCGCACUGUAAGAGUGAUUCUGAUCACUAUCAAAAUCAAAUUGGUUGUUCUUUGGCUCAAGGACAAUUUCACCACCACAGUUUAUGGAGAUCUGUUGGUUUUUGAGAUGUAAGUGGCUUAAAUUUAACCUCCUUUGGUGAAGAUUAUUCUGUGCAAAUACUAUGAAAUCCAGGUAUUAAUCUCACCAAUGCUGGCUUGGCUAAUAUUAAAAAUAAGAAUUCACCGAUCCAACUUUAUCACUCUCUACUCAGGGUAUCUGCCAGUACAGAGUACCGAUACAGUGCCCUCUUUUUCCCACGUUUAAAUCUGUACAAACUGUAUUUAAAAAACUGUAUUUAAUGUAGAUGAGUGACAUCAUGGCCUAUACCCAAUCCAUUUACUAAAGUGUUGGUUGUUUGGGUCGAUCUGACUGAGCCACCGCCUUCUUUCUUUGCCUCUAAAGACUGUCAUCCUGCAUUGUUCAAACCACAAAUCACUGUUGCCAUCUGUUGUCAGGGAGACCUAACUACAACUGCCAGUCAUUCAUGGCAAACAUCCACUCAUUCACCUGCAGAGAGAUUAUAUGGUUCAUGGUUCACUCUGUCCACAGCUCUCAUUUCAACAAAAUCGGGUGUGGUUUGGAUUUAUUCUGGCUCGUAGAAAAAUCUGACGAAUAUUGAUGACACCAGCACAAACCCAGUUUCUACAGUAAGAGCCGUUUAUGUUCUUUUUAAGAUUUUUGCCUCCCCCAACUUUGCACAAAAAUGCAGGUUUGGAUGUAUUAUUUGGAUGUUUUUUUCUAGCUGAUUAUUUGAGGUAUUUUUUUGUAUUUUGUAUUGUUAUUAUGUCUUAUUGUGUUAUUUUCUUGUGCAAAUGCAUCAGAGUGAGUGUUGAUGAGUGUAUACUGUGUCAUAUCACCACCUCUGAUUGACGAAAACCAAAACUUAUUCACUUUAACAAUGGAAAAGCUAAAGAAAUAUAUAAAGAUACUGUAUAUUCAAAUAUUUGAGGGAACAGGUAUGGAAAAUAAAGGCAAUAACCUACCAGGAGAGAUUAUCUUGUCAUUGUAAUGCUAAUGUGACAGGAAAGUAUAUUAGACCAAAACAUGUCGUAUACAUUAAGAUAAUUUUCUCAUGGAGUGUGGGAUCCGACAUGUUGUUUUACUGUUUUGAUAUGAAAAUGUGCUCCGCUGUAUUUAUCCUAACUCCAGUGCUUCAAGCAUCUUGUUUUCUCAAGAUUGUGGGCUCAUGUUUAGUUGCUUGUAAAGUGAAGAAUUCAAAUAUAAACCUCUCUAGUAACUUUAAAUGUCAACGGAUCCAAAAAAAAAUACUCCUUGGAUUGGGAUGAAUAUUGCUCAGAGUUGUGUUCCUCUAAAAGGAUUUUUUCAUUUGAAAUCUUAUCAGCCCAAGAAAGUAGAUGAGAGCCCACAGUAAUGUUAACCCGCCGCAGUAAUCAUUAUAAGGCUUUAAUUUUGUGUUUACGAACAUUUUGAUGCUAAAAAAGACGGUUAAGGGAUGUGACGAUGACUAGAAGGAGCACACAUAGUCACACAACAUGAUGUACUCUGAUACUGAACACUGGGUGUUUUUGUUGAAGAAAACCAGUGGUGUGUGUGAUCUAAUUAUGUGAGGAAAUAUGGUUAUUGUGUUCCAAAAUAAAUUAUUUUCUCAAAAGAAAA